AUGGCUAUCAGCCGGGCUCCAUCAGGAGCGGAAGUCAAUGGAAACAUUCCAACAGCGGAAGGAGAGAGAAAGAAAGUCGUUGUCGUCGGUUUGGGAAUGGUUGGCAUAGCAUUUGUGGAAAAAAUGUUAAAACUGGAUGCGAAACGCAUGGAGUACGACGUCGUUGUGAUCGGCGAAGAGCCGCACCUGGCAUACAAUCGUGUCGGGUUGACAAGCUUCUUCCAACACAGACAAGUCGAAUCUCUCUAUUUGAACCCAGAGUCUUGGUAUAAAAGCCAUCCGUCCAGUUCUUUUAGCUAUCACCUGAACACACUGGUCACGGAAAUCAAGCCAAACGAAAAAGUGGUCCUUACGUCCAAAGGAGAGAUCGUGUUCUACGACAUUCUCGUGCUUGCAACGGGCUCUGAUGCCGUUCUUCCAAGACAUACCCCAGGCCACGAUGCCCAGGGUGUGUUCGUCUACCGGACCAUCGAGGAUCUGCAAAAACUGAUCGCAUUCUCUUCCACGGUCAAGGGAACCACAGGAUGUGUCGUGGGCGGUGGCCUUCUAGGUCUGGAGGCUGCCAAAGCAAUGAUGGAUCUGGAAGAAUUCAAACAAGUCAAACUCAUCGAACGAAACAGAUGGGUGUUAUCUCGGCAACUGGACGCAGAUGCAGGCGGCAUGGUUGUUGAACUCGUCCGCAACCUUGGCUUAGACGUGAUGCUCAGCAAGCGUGUCGGUCAGAUCUUGACAGACGAAAACAAUGCUGUCAAAGGGAUUGUGUUUGAAGAUGGUGAGCAGAUGGACUGCUCCUGCGUCAUGUUUGCCAUCGGAAUCAAAGCCCGAGAUGAAUUAGCCAGGAAAGCUGGUCUCAAAUGCGCUGAUCGAGGAGGGGGCAUUACAAUCGACAACAAUCUCAGGACCAGCGAUCCAAACAUAUACGCCAUUGGUGAAUGUGCCAGCUGGGAGAACCAGACGUUUGGCCUCAUUGCACCGGGUGUCGAACAAGCAGAUGUACUAUCAUUCAAUCUCACUCAAGCCAAAGUGCAUAGUCCUCGGACCUUCAAGCGACCGGAUCUGAGCACCAAGCUGAAGUUGUUGGGUGUCGAAGUUGCCAGUUUUGGAGACUUCUUUGCUGACAGAGAUGGACCGAAAGAUCUCCCGAAGAGACACAUUAGGCAAGAAGAGAAAAAGCCAGUUGGAGGUCAUGACAAGGUCAAAGAUCUGACCGACGGUCCGCCGCCGCCAGCAGUCAAAGCGCUGACCUACCGGGAUCCUUUCCAAGCCGUCUAUAAGAAGUAUCUGUUUACCAUGGACGGCAAAUACUUGCUAGGCGGAAUGAUGAUUGGUGACACUAAAGACUACGUCAAGCUGGUCCCGAUGGUCAAGAAUAAGAAGGCUCUUGAGGUCCCCCCGUCACAGUUCAUCAUUGGCGCGUCUAAAGACGGCGACGAUAACGCAGACGAUCUCACGGACGAUACCCAAAUUUGUUCAUGCCACAACGUGAGCAAAGGUGACAUCGUCGCAGCUGUCAAAGAUGGUAGCUGCAAAUCGGUCGGUGACGUUAAAUCAUGCACCAAGGCGGGAACAGGUUGCGGCGGUUGCAUGCCGCUCGUUCAAUCGAUCUUCAACACGACUAUGAAAGAGAUGGGCAAUGAAGUUUUGAACCAUCUCUGCCCUCAUAUCCCGUAUUCGCGGGCCGAUCUAUACAACAUUAUCUACGUCAAGAAAUUAAAGGAUUUUGGGCAGGUCAUGCGCGAUGUGGGCAAGGAUCCAAGCAGCCUUGGGUGUGAAGUUUGCAAACCAGCCAUUGCAUCCAUCCUCGCUGGAAUGUUCAACAAGCACGUUAUGGAGAAACCCCACCAUGGCUUGCAGGACACCAAUGAUCGAUAUCUUGGAAAUAUUCAACGCAACGGGACCUUUUCUGUUAUUCCGCGAGUCGCUGGCGGUGAGAUCACUCCGGACAAACUGAUUGUGAUCGGCCAAGUGGCGAAAAAGUAUGGCUUAUAUACCAAGAUCACGGGUGGCCAACGUAUCGACAUGUUUGGAGCCAAGAAGCAAGACCUACUUGACAUCUGGACCGAGCUCGUUGCUGCCGGUCUUGAAUCAGGCCACGCCUAUGCCAAAUCCCUCAGAACCGUCAAGUCAUGUGUGGGUACGACGUGGUGUCGAUUUGGCAUUGGCGACUCUGUUGGCCUGGCGAUCCGACUAGAGGAAAGAUACAAGUCCAUUCGGUCACCGCAUAAGAUGAAAGGAGGUGUCUCAGGAUGUGUUCGCGAAUGCGCUGAAGCUCAAAACAAGGACUUUGGUUGCAUCGCCACCGAAAAAGGCUUCAACAUCUUCGUUGGAGGCAAUGGUGGAGCAACUCCAAGGCAUUCAGAACUCCUGGCUAAAGACGUACCUCCCGAUGAUGUGAUCCCCAUUCUUGAUCGAUAUCUGAUGUUCUACAUUCGCACGGCGGAUAAACUCCAAAGAACGGCAAGGUGGAUUGAGCAACUGCCUGGCGGCAUCAAAUACCUUCGGGAAGUGAUUCUCGAGGACAAGCUUGGAAUUUGUGCGGAACUGGAAAAGCAAAUGCAGGAACUUGUGGGGACAUUCUUCUGUGAAUGGACGGAGACCAUCAAUGAUCCCGAGAAGCGCAAGGCUUUCCAACAAUUUGCCAAUUCGACCGACAAUCGAGAGCCGGCAGUGGAGAAGGUUGAAGAAAGAGGUCAAUCAAGACCUGCAUAUUGGGCGAAAGAACCCGUAUCUGAUGAUUUCAAGGGUACGAAAUGGACCAGCCUCACCUGGCAGCCCAUUGUUGAGGCGUACAAGUUCCAGGAUGUUGAUACUGGAUCUUCACAGACUGUCAUCCGAGGAGACACUCAACUGGCCAUCUUCAAAUUGAAGGGCAAGUACUAUGCCAGUCAGCAAAUGUGUCCUCACCGGAGAACUUUUGGACUCUCUGAUGGUUUAGUUGGCGAGACCACUUCGCCAGAUUGUCAAGGCAGCAAACUUUACAUCAGCUGCCCGUACCAUAAGAGGAAUUUCCAGCUGAAUGGUGAGGUCGAUUUCGACAAGAAGGACGCCGGCGCAGGCUCUUGCUCCAACGAUAGCAGCAUGUCGAUCGCUACGUUCCCGGCUGAAGAGCGAGAUGAUGGUUGGGUAUAUCUCAAGCUUCCUCCAGUUCAAGAACUGGACCGUGUGCUGGGGACCAGUAAAUGGAUCGUCAAGAAGGACGAGGGUCCCAAACCGUUUGAAAGUCUCGAUAAGAAAUUCGGACUUAACAAAGGACUGCGUCCUGCCAGGACGGCUGGAGCGAUGUCGGGGACGGGCAAUGUGAAUGCAUCGAGGCCAGUGGGAGUUGCGGCGCAGAGGAGAAUUGAUUGGUAA